UAUUUGCUAAAAAUAUGUAAAUAAGCGCUACCAUUAACCAUUCAUCCAUCUUGUCAUUUAAAAAAACUGAGGAAUUUUAUUUAUGUUGUCGGCUGUUGUUUUGUACUGUUCAUUGAAACUUUAUAUAACUGUUCUUUAGAGGUUUCUGCACCGCAGAAGAGCACCGGUUUAUUUUUACGAAUAUUAUAUAAAAGAGACUGUUCCAAUGGAAGAUAAAGCGGAAACGUGUCAGAGUGAUGACAAAAAAACUGAGGAAUCUAGUCAGAAACCAACUGCUGAUGACAAUUCUGAACCAGCAAAGGUUGACCUAAAACUGAGCCCUGAUCAGAAAAACUUGAGGAGCAGGUCAAGAACUCCUCAAAAGAAAGUAGAAGAAUCAAAGAUGUUGCAAAUAACACUGCAAAAGAUGGAUGUAGAAAUGAACGGAAAAGACUUGUUAGAAGAAAACGAAAAGACUGAGGAAGAAUCUGCUGUCAACAGUGAAAAAUUGGAUACUGAGGAUGUUGUUGAAGAAGAUGCUGAUAAAAUUGAUUCAGAGAAAAUAGAAGAAAACGGUCAAAGCUCGUCUUUGUCACAUGACAAAACUGAAACAGAAAGCAACAAAUCUGCUAACAGUACCCCCAAAAAGAGAACAUCUCCCAGGAUCGAGGCUAGUUUGAAAAAUGCGGAGAACUUCAAAAAACCAGAAGAUGUUGAACCAGAGAAAGAUUCUGUGGAAAUGGAUCCUCUCGUCAUCACAGAUGAGCCUGAUCCCGAGUUACAAUUUGACGAAAAUUCAGAUAUGGAAUCUGGAAAGGGCUCGCCUGUUAUCCAAAGAUGUGUGACGCGACGUUCGCAAACCCGGAACAUUCCCACACCGAGAACUCCGAAAAUUCCGGAACAAGACCAGGAGAUGGAGAAGGCUGAAAGUCCCACUGAGGAGAUAGAGGUUCAAAAAGAGGUUCUUCUGGAGACGAAUAUUUUCAAUAAGACUAGCGACUCUACUGAUGUGACUGAUGUGUCGACCAAAGUUCAAGUAGGUAGUGAUGUCACCAGGUUGGAGUAUACACAGAGGAACCUUUCUAUUCCUGAGGAUACCACCUACUUGGAUAUCACUAGAGAGCGGUCGUUAAAGGAAACAUUAAGGUAA